UAUAUUCCAAAUUCUUACAGGGUUAGCCUCACCAAACCACGGGCAAUGACUGUGGUGUCUUCAUACUGAUGUAUGCACUCAACUUCAGCACAGAUGCUCUACUUUGGUUUACCGAGCGGGACAUAGCACAGAUCCGGAAAUGGUGGUGCAUUAUGCUCAUGGAACGGUACCAGAUUGAAGGGUAAAUCAUACAUUUUAAAUGUUACUUUAUAGACAACAGUUUCUUUGACACUGAUUUACAUUUUCAUCCUGAUAUUAUGUGAUUUUUAUAGCCACGGACAGAUCCAGAUUAUUUAACACAUGCAUACAUAUUGAUAAUUGUAUACACAUGUAAUUAAACAAUCACAUGACCCACACCUUAUAUUUUCCUUCAAAGGUCCAGUUUCAAAAGUCCGACAUGUGCUUCAUAUUGGAGCUGCCAAACUGUCUUCUCUCGGACCUUCUGAUGGAAGUGGUUCUCCAGGAAGGUGACAAAGCGUACUCAUCACUCACUCUAGUGUGUACCACCUUCAGAGACACAAUGUCCACUGUGUCUUUCAGAAGAGGGGCCCACUUUCGCUGGCUUGAGAGUGUUGCUACAUGGAGUUUGUUCUCUGCUUCAUACAAGCAGGAUUUCAACGUCAUGUACACCAUGGACACCUGCCGUGGAUGCUUGGAGCCUUACAAAAACUGCAAACCAGGAUAUGUUGGGAAAGGUAAAAGAGGAGAAUUGCAGGGCAUCUACUCUGAUGACCAACAUCCAGGCUAUUGCAGUCCCUUCUUCCUCGCGGGAAUAGCACCGGCCGGCCUCCGACGGGAGGCUGCCACCCUCGCCCUGGCCAGGAAGGCACAAAAGUAUGACUGGCACAUCCUGCACAACACCACAAUAACACCAGCACCUCCAAGCAGACUCAAGUCCCGCCACCCCUACAACAAAGCAGCUCAAGAGAUGCUCAACUCCACCUCUGAGGAUAUCUCCAGAGAUGCAUGGUUGGCAGCAGCUUGGAAGCAGGAGUGGGAUUCAGCCGGGCCCUCCCGAAUCCACCGUUACAUCUGGGACCCAGGAGAUGGCGCCAUUGGAGGAGACAACCUACCGCGCCGGCAGUGGACCACUCUGAACCGUCUACGAACUGCGAGUGCGGUGACCCUGAGCAGACCGCUGUCCAUAUAA